CAUGACGAGACUCCUGAAGCAGCUGGCUGGUGGGAAAGCGGUGGUCUUAAUCAUUGUUUUGGGGUUUGGUGGAUCAUUUCAGAAUGGAUUUCAUCUAACAUCCAUCAGCUCUCCUACUCCGUAUAUUCAAAGCUUCAUAAACAGCAGCUGGACUUAUCAUUAUGGACAUAUUCCAAAAGAGAAGACCAUCACCUUCAUCUGGUCUGCUGUCGUUGCUCUGUAUGGGUUAGGGGGUCUUGUUGGCUCCUCAAGCGUCAAAUACUUAACUAGACGUCUGGGAAGAAAAAGAACCACCCUCUUGAACAGUGCUAAAGCGGUUGUGGCCUCAGUAAUCAUGUACAUAAGCAAACCGACAUAUUCCUUUGAGCUGAUCCUUAUAGCACGCUUCUUAUUUGGGUUUAUAGCAGGGUUAGGUUUAAAUGUUCAUUCCAUCUACCUUGGCGAGAGCUCACCAAAGAAGAUCAGAGGUGUGGUGUUGCUCACAAGUGCUAUAUUUUUGGCCCUUGGCAAACUAUCAGGACAAUUUGCUGGCCUCAGGGAAAUUCUUGGCCGCGAAGAGUGGUGGAACAUUUUGUUGUGCUUCCCAAGUGUGUUUUGUGUGAUCCAGUUGGGUUUACCAUUUCUGCCUGAUGCCCCUCGAUAUAUUCUGAUCGAAAAAAACAACACUGAACAGUGUAGAAAAGCACUGCAGUGUCUAUGGGGACUAGGUGAGUAUAAGAUGGAGAUCCAGGAGAUGUCAGAAGAGCAGGCCGUCAUUGGAGAGAAGCAAAAUAAGAGUGUGUUGGAUCUGCUGAGAGAUAAAAGUGUGCGCUGGCAGGUCAUCUCGCUGCUGGUUUUAAGCAUAGGCAUCCAGUUCAGCGGCAUCUCUGCUAUUACCAUCUUCUCUUUCAACAUCUUUCUGGAAGCAGGUAUUCCAGAAGACAAGAUCCGUUACGUCACUCUGGGAAUAGGAGCAUCUGAAGUUCUCAUCACCAUAACCUGUGGUCUGUUCAUUGAGAGAGUGGGGAGAAAACCAUUGAUGUGGAGAAGGGUUUGGGGGCAUGUCAGUCGUUAUGGCAUUAUCAUAGUCACUCUGUACCUAAGGGAAUACAGCACUGUGAUGCCAUAUUGCACUGUCUUGCUUAUUUUCUUGUUCAUCAUUUUCUAUGGUGGAGGCCCAGCUGCAACAGUAGGAGCGCUGUGCAAUGAGAUGUUCAUCCAAUCAUACCGUCCAGCUGCAUUUGUGUAUAUCGGUUUUCUGCGCUGGAUAGGAUUCACCCUUCUUGGAUUCGUCUUUCCAUUCCUAAUUGUCGUUCUGAAGUCUCUGAGCUUUGUUCUCUUCUCCUAUUGUCUGCUAUCCGCUCUCUACAUCUUUUUCAUCCUUCCUGAAACAAAAGGCAAAACCAUCCUUGAGAUUUCGCAAGAGUUUCAGAAGAUCAGAGUGUGUGGAUCCCCCAAAGAAGACAUCAUGUUCCUAGAGACCAAGCUGUAAAGUUCAUGAAAUUUAGUCUCCGUUAUAUGGACUGCUGCACAAAAUGUUACAUUAUUGUCAUAUUUAUCAUUAUAAUAUUUAUUAAGACAGACAGUUUAGCUAAUACUAUAUUAAAGGGAUCAUUUACA